AUGUCCAAGCCAUUCAUCGGCAACGUCAAAAGCGUUCUUAGCGGCGACACUCUUGUUUUGACCAGUCCGAACAACCCUGCCACCGAACGAAACAUUUCUCUUGCCUACGUCACCGCUCCUCAUCUGCGCCGCGACGGUGACGAGCCCUUUGCCUUCCAAUCCCGCGAGUACCUCCGCAAUCUUGUUGUUGGCAAGCCCGUGCAGGCUAUCAUUCAUUAUACCAUCCCCAACUCUGGACGAGAAUUUGGCACCGUCAAGCUCAAGGAUGGCACUGAGCUUCCCGAUGAGCUGGUCAAGGCUGGUUGGCUAAAGGUUCGCGAGGAUGCUGGCAAGAAAGAAGACUCUGAGGAGAUUCUAAGUAAGCUCGAGACUCUCCGUGCUCUCGAAUCUCAGGCAAAAGCUGAAUCCAAGGGUCUGUGGGCUGGCACUGGUGGCAUGAUUGAGGUGCAGAAUGACCUUGGUAGCCCCGACUUUAUCAAGGAAUGGAAGGGCAAGAUCGUUGAUGGUAUUGUUGAGCGUGUUCUCAGUGGUGACAGACUUCUUGUGCGCCUGCUUCUAUCUGAGAAGAAGCAUGUUCAGCCCAUGACCCUUCUCGCCGGUGUUCGUGCCCCUGCCACCGAAAGAGUGCAGACCUCGACCGGAGCUACACAGCCCGCUGAAGAGUAUGGUAACGAGGCCAGGGCCUUUGUUGAGUCUAGGCUUCUGCAGCGUCUUGUCAAGGUCGAAAUUGUGGGCGCUAGUCCUCAGGGACAGCUGGUUGCCCACGUCCUCCACCCCCGCGGUAACAUCGCCGAAUUUCUCCUUCAGGAGGGCCUCGCCCGAUGCAAUGAUUUCCACUCUACCAUGCUUGGCGAAAAGAUGGCCCCGCUCCGUGCUGCUGAGAGACAAGCACAGGCUCAGAAGCUUCGUCUACACAAGAACCACGUCGCCAAGGCUGACGGCGGAAACCAGGAUAUGGCCGUCUUCAAGGUGAUUGCCGCCGACACCAUCAUCGUGCGCACCAAAAACGGCGGUGAGAAGCGCAUAAGCUUCAGCAGUGUUCGUGGUCCCCGUACCAAUGAGGCUUCGGAAGCCCCGUUCCGUGACGAGGCCAAGGAGUUUUUGAGGCAAAAAGUUAUCGGCAAGCAGGUCAAGAUUAGCAUCGACGGCAACAAGCCUGCCACUGAGGGCUUUGAGGCCAAGGAGGUCGCCACGAUCACAGACAAGGGUAAGAAUAUUGGCCUGGAGCUCGUGGAGGCCGGUUGGGCCAGCGUUAUUCGCCAUCGCAAGGACGAUACCGACCGCUCGCCCAUUUACGACGAGCUGUUGGCUGCACAGGAAAAGGCCAAAGAGGAAAAGAAGGGUAUGUGGUCAGGCAAGCCGCAAAAGGCUAAGCAGUACCUCGAUCUUUCCGACAACCUACAGAAAGCGAAGAUCAUGCUCGCCACUCUUCAGCGCCAGAAGAAGGUCCCUGCAAUUGUUGACUUUUGCAAAGCCGGUUCUCGCUUCACUGUCUUGAUCCCUCGUGAGAAUGUCAAGUUGACCCUUGUUCUUGGUGGUAUUCGUGGUCCCCGCGCCCCCCGCCCCGAUGGUGAGGGGGGCGAGCCCUUUGGCAAGGAGGCUCUCGACCUCGCCAAUCGUCGCUGCAACCAGCGCGACUGCGAGGUCAAUAUUCAUGAUAUGGACAAAGUCGGCGGCUUCAUUGGUGAGCUGUAUAUCGGCCGCGAAAACUUUGCCAAGGUCCUCGUUGAGGAGGGUCUCGCCACGGUGCACGCCUACUCAGCCCAAAAGUCGGGCAAUUCUACCGAGCUGUUUGCUGCUGAGAAGCGCGCCAAGGAAGGUCGCAAGAAUCUCUGGAAGGACUGGGACCCUUCCCAGGAUGAGGAGGAGGAAGAUGAGGCUCCCGCAGAUACACAAGAGACCGAGGUUUCCCUGGAGAAGCGUCCCACUGAUUACCGCGAUGUUGUCAUUACCAACAUUGAUGGUAACGGCAGGCUCAAGAUUCAAGAAAUCGGCAAAGGCACGGCUGCUCUUGAGUUGCUGAUGAGCGACUUUCGCAAGUUCCAUCUCGAUUCCAAGAACAAUAAGCCGUUGGGCAAUCCCCCCAAGACCGGUGACUAUGUCUCGGCCAAGUUCUCCCUCGACGGCCAGUGGUACCGUGCCCGCGUCCGCGCCAACGACCGCACUGCCAAGGUCGCCGAGGUCCUGUUCGUCGACUACGGCAACUCGGAGAAGGUUGCUUGGUCUAACCUCCGCCCUCUCGAACAGAGCCAAUUUGGUGCACAGAAGCUCAAGCCUCAGGCCACUGACGCCUCGCUAUCCUUUGUGCAGCUACCCACUGGCGCAGACUACUUUGACGAGGCUGUCGCCUUCAUCGCUGACCUGACCGAGGGCAAGCGCCUUGUCGGCAGCUUUGACUACGUCGACACCAAGGAGAACAUUAGCUACGUUACGCUCUACGACCCGAAGACGGACGGCGGCCUUCCCGGCCCCAACGAGUCGGUCAACAACGACAUUGUCGCCGCGGGCUUCGGCAUGGUCCCAAAGAAGCUCAAGGCGUGGGAGCGCAGCAAGCCUUUCGAGCCCGUCCUGAAGCACCUCCGCCAGACGGAGACUCAGGCCAAGGCCGAGCGUCAGGGCCAGUGGGAGUAUGGUGACCUGACUGAGGACUAA